GGAGCUGGUUGCUGUUGUUCAAGUCCUUCUAUAUAUAGGAACGAGAGAUGCAUGUAAAAUACCCAAAUACAUACCCAUCACUGUCACUCCUCUGCUAAAGAAAGCCAUAACCAGCAAACACUCAAAUCUUGGAUUGAAAGGAUUUUUCAUUCUCAGAGAUGUCGGACCAACAUUAUCAGCAACACAACCACAAGAAGCAGCCACUGCUCCUCCCCAAGCGCAUAAUCUUGCUUCGCCAUGGCGAAUCUGCUGGAAACCUCGACACCUCCGCUUACACCAAGAUUCCCGACCCACAAAUCCCGCUUACCCCGGCCGGCCUCGCCCAGGCUCGCCUCGCCGGAACCAACUUACGUCACCUCAUCUCCAGAUCCUCCUCCUCUUCCCACUGGCGCCUCUAUUUCUACGUCUCCCCCUACCUCCGCACCCGAUCCACGCUCCAGGAGAUCUGCCGCUCUUUCUCCAAGCGCCGGGUCCUCGGGGUCCGAGAGGAAUGUCGUGUCCGAGAGCAGGAUUUUGGAAACUUCCAAGUGGAGGAGGGGAUGAAAGUGAUCAAAGAGACUCGGGAAAGGUACGGCAGGUUCUUCUAUCGCUUCCCCGAGGGCGAGUCCGCCGCCGAUGUCUUCGACCGCGUUUCCAAUUUCCUUGAAUCUCUGUGGAGGGACAUAGAAAUGAACAGGCUUCACCAUGACCAUUCCCAUGACUUGAGUCUCGUAAUUGUAUCACACGGGCUAACCUCACGUGUCUUCCUCAUGAAGUGGUUCAAGUGGACGGUUGAGCAAUUUGAGCUCUUAAACAAUCCUGGGAACUGUGAAUUCCGAGUGCUGGAGUUAGGAAAUGGUGGAGAAUACAGCCUAGCAAUCCAUCACACAGAGGAGGAGAUGAGAGAAUGGGGACUGGAUUCUGAGAUGAUAGCUGACCAAAAAUGGCGAGCCCAUGGUAACAGGGGUGCUUCGAACGACAAUUGUCCCUGCUAUCUUGAUACUUUUUUUGACCAUCUAGCUGACUCUGAUGACAAUGAAUAUGAAGACAGUGAUGACAAAACUCCAAGUGAUGCUUCAAGUAUUUGCGCAUAGGUUAUCCAGCAUUUGAUUUGGAGAUCAUUUUUAUUUUUUUUAUUCACUUCGUUGCUGUUUUUGCAUGGUGAAUCAAAUAUUAGAAAAGGGAAUUUUAAAGGCUGGUUUGGUUGUCUAGUCAUAUUGUAAAAAUCAUCAGUUUGGCUUCUAAUUUGAGAAUAGGGAAGAUGACAAUCGGUUAGAAACUCUUGAACUGCUGUUUUAACCCUUGGCUUCCACGUUGGGGAUUGAAAAAAACAGAGGCAGCAGUUUUGAUAUUUUAACUUGUAAGCAUUCAUACUCGUGGAUAUUGUAAGCAUUCAAAUUUGACUCUA